GCUCCCCGGUGAGGCUCGCGCUCGAGCUGCGGCGCCGGCCCCGCCGCCUGGGCCCCGGGCCCGGCCCCUCCCGCGCCGCCCGGGCGAUGAGAAGCUGCUUCUGCGUGAGACGGAGCCGGGACCCGCCGCCGCCGCAGCCGCCGCCGCCCCAACGGGGAACAGACCAGUCCACCAUGCCUGAAGUCAAAGACCUUUCAGAAGCUUUGCCAGAGACGUCGAUGGAUCCCAUCACGGGAGUGGGGGUGGUGGCUUCUCGGAACCGAGCCCCAACAGGCUAUGAUGUAGUUGCACAGACAGCAGAUGGUGUGGAUGCUGACCUCUGGAAAGACGGCUUAUUUAAAUCCAAGGUUACCAGAUACCUGUGUUUCACGAGAUCAUUUUCCAAAGAAAAUAGUCAUUUAGGGAAUGUGCUAGUGGAUAUGAAGCUCAUUGACAUCAAGGACACUCUGCCUGUAGGCUUCAUCCCAAUUCAGGAGACAGUGGACACACAGGAAGUGGCUUUUAGAAAAAAGAGGCUGUGCAUUAAAUUUAUCCCACGGGAUUCAACUGAAGCUGCAAUUUGUGACAUUCGGAUCAUGGGGCGGACCAAGCAGGCCCCUCCUCAGUACACGUUUAUUGGGGAACUGAACAGCAUGGGGAUCUGGUAUCGAAUGGGCAAAGUACCAAGGAAUCAUGACUCAUCUCAACCCACAACACCUUCCCAGUCAUCAGCUGCUUCCACCCCAGCCCCCAACCUCCCCAGGCACAUCUCACUAACGCUCCCUGCUACCUUCCGAGGCAGAAACAGCACUCGGGCUGACUAUGAGUACCAGCACUCCAAUCUGUAUGCCAUAUCAGCAAUGGAUGGUGUACCUUUUAUGAUUUCAGAGAAGUUUUCUUGCGUUCCAGAAAGUAUGCAGCCCUUUGAUCUCUUGGGAAUCACCAUCAAAUCUCUGGCAGAAAUUGAAAAAGAGUAUGAGUACAGCUUCCGCACGGAGCAGAGCGCUGCGGCCCGGCUCCCACCCAGCCCCACUCGGUGUCAGCAGAUCCCCCAGUCCUGAGGGGCCAGCCACCACCCUGUCCCCGUGGGGAGAAGACGCAGCUGCCCAGACUACUGAGCGCCCCUCCCUUGCCCGGUCCCUCCUGCCCACCCUUUCUUACUGCCCCACGGUGGGGUUCAUCUGGGAGACUCUGGGCAGCUGAGCUGUUACCUCUUCGGCCAUCGGCUUGCCUGACGUGACACCCCGGCCUCCCCGGGGAUACUGUUCAUAAUCUCGACUAAUCUGUGUUUGCUGUAGUGACCAGCAGCUCCUAACGUGUCUGUGUGAUGACCAGCCCUCCUACAGACAACCCUACCCAGCACGGGAGUCACCCCUGAGCGCCCUGCACAAUUGUUGGAGCUGCCCAGUGAUGCUACGGGCUCCCUUCCCUCCUGACUGUGGUCUGCCUCUAGCUAUCCGGUUCCUCCUGGAGGACCCAAGGUGGGUGACCGCUUUGCACAGCACCCUCCAGGACUCACUGAGUGCCCCAUACAGGGGCUGCUGUGAAGCAAGUCCCCCACACCAACAGCAGCAAGCGCCCUGAGCGUUUCACGGCGACCCAGAGGACACACGGGAGGAAGAAGCCUGUGGUCCCCCAGGAGCCCUGAGCCUGGGGUCCCCGCCUCACUGGUGGCCAUCCCUCAGACUUCUCCCCUGAUUCACACACUGGACAUGCUGAGGUCGGGGAGCAGCCGCCCGGCUGCCCACACAGAGGACUUGCCUUCUGGGCAAGAAGGCAGAGGGACCUGGUGCUUGCUUGGAGGGGAGUUGUGCUGCCCGGGACAUUGUGCUCAGCCACCACACAUCCCCAUCCCUCCCAAAGGGCUCAUCUCUGCCAUGCCCACGUGCCAACUGCCACCCCAGCUGCCUCGGCCCGGUGCCGUGACCCAGGGAUGGGCCCUCUCCGGGCCACAGGUGAAGACUCUUGGCCAGUGCCCAGCCCCAGAGGGACAUGGGCAUGUAGUCAUCGGCUUCUCAGAGCCAGGCUGUGUCUCACUGGGUUCUGCUAACAGCACAGUUGUUUUAAAAGUCCAUCUGAGCCAGGUCACCAAACUGAGGCCAGCAUGGACAUUUGUGCCACGACCAGCCAGUGGACGUACUGGUACUUCUCACGAUGCUGGCUGCCAGGUUCAGCUCCAGGCGUGUUUGCCACGAGAACAGGGCUGCAGCCCUCCCUGGGGGCUCAGGCCCUCACCCAGGGGCCUGCCUGGUCUAGCUUUCGAGGUCUUAAUUCCACAGAAUGUUGGCAACUCCCCUCUUGGGGGUCCCCAGAUGGUGGGAGCUUUGGACUUGAGGCUUGACUGUGUCUGGAGGGUAGAGGGGGGGGAGGCAUGGAGAGCAGCGAGGGUCCCCCACCACAAAGGGAGCCCAAGAGAGCCACAGCCAGGCACGGACCCUGCCUCCCCAUGGUGCCUGGGGCAGAUCGGGCCAACGCCACGAGGAGGGUGGCUGCCAGCUAAGCGGCGGGGCGGGCAAAAAUACCUCAUGUACCCUCACGAGCCCUGCCAUCUCCAGUAGCUCCACUCUCCUCCUUGGUUGCCCCACAAUCUUCACUUGAUAGCUCCUGAUUUCUGCACAUUAGGGAAGCGGUCACCUCUCCCUACCUUUGCCCAGACAGGACAUUUCGGGGGGCGUGGGGGGCUGGCCUUCCCAGGCCUUCCACACAGCAAAGGGGUAGGAAAAGGCAGGUAGUUGGUGGAAUCCCUGGGGCCCGGGGGUCAUGGGCUGGAGCCAGCAGUCCGUCUGAGGACCUUGGGGACUGGUGCUUCACCAGGAGAGGAGACAGCUGUUGGACGGGUCUCACCUGUACCCACUCACCUGUACCACUCACAAGCUAGUUGUAUCUCUGGGGAAUUGGAGCCCUGUGGGGCCCAGAGAACCUGUCUCCUGCUGCUUUUUGGAUGGGUGGCUGGUCCAAAACCAAGUGACCUGUGUGACCUGAAGCCCAACAGAGAGGGGCAACUCUGAUUACUUCUGUUCACUUGGUUUGGGCACUUUGCUCAUGGCCUGACUGAGAGAUUAUCAUCUGGCAGGUAGCGCCCGAUGGCCCUUGUCCCUUGACUGACAACCAAACAUCUUUGGGGAGAGCACUUGCGACCCGAGUCAGGGUGCAUGGGCGGGGCGGCAGGGGGCAGGGAUAGGAAGGGAGGCUGUCCACAGAGGAGGAGCUGGAAGGGAGGCUGUCCACAGAGGAGGAGCUGUAUGCCCUCCCGAGCCCCCCCGCCCCGGGGCUGUCCUGUCCCACAGUUAGGGGAGGACCCAGAGCAAGGCGGGGCCACCAGGAAGAAGACAGGCUAGCAGGGGCUAGGGCAGGCUGCGGCCACCUCCACCGUAUCGUGUGAUGGUGACUGAUUGUCCCCUGAUCCGCAAUUAGGCAGUGACUGUGGUGGGGAAAGGCUGGUGUCUGUGGUAGAUUGGAGGCUGCUCCUCGCCCUCCUUCCUUGUGACCAUAGGCAAGGGGGUGUAUGUGGGGGCUCAUGCAGACCCCAGGACAGCCCGGACCCCUAGCUCGUGCCUCGGAGAGGUGUUUUGUUCAACCCCGGGACCACAAGGGGGGGGUGGCGGCCUGGCCUUCAUCCCCCCCCCCCAAAAAAAAAAAAAGACUAACCAGAGCACAGCUUCCCUGUUGUCCUUUCCCUCUGGAAAUGCAGUGUGUCUCCAAAGCCCCCGGAACGGCACAGUGGUAAUCAGGGGUAAGCCGUUGACGCGGUUCACCGCAACUCUGCAUCAAGGCUUUUUCCUACCCCAAGUCCAGGAUGUGAUACGGGCCACAACUGGCCUCCACUUGGAGAGCUAGGAAGCCUGGUAAGGGGGGUGGGGAGCAGCUGAAGACCCCCUCCCAGCCUGCCCUGGCCCCCCUCUCUUGCUGGGUGUCCUGCUGCACGGCUGGCAGCAGAGAGCCCCUGACACGGGCAUCCCCCUGCCCUGAGUCAUUCAGGAAGACAGCAGGGGCAGGUGACAAGAAGGACAGCUGCGUCCCAAACCAGGCACUAGGCCAGCACUCGAAGCACAUUUUCUCCCGUUAUUCCCCCUUAAAAUGCAAAUAACCCAGAAGUGGGUAUUAGACGCUCCUCGUUACAAAUGAAGUGGCAGAGGCUCGUCCACGGGCACAGAGCUGCCAAGCGGCAGAGAAGAUUGGGACGCGCGUCUCGUCCGGCCCCGGAGCCCCGUGCCGGCUGGCCCGUCGUAAGCACACGCCUCACCCUGACCUUUAUCGUGUCCAGUCCGGUCACGGACUCGCCAGUGUCCCGGGCCAUGCGGUUCUAGCAUGCUCGAUUGUGCGGCCACUGCGCAGUGCCAUGGUGCUCAGUGGGGGUGACAGUCCAGCCGCCCCACCCCGACCCGGGCCCCCUGACAGCUGGGGAGCCCGAGGGCACGGGGGGCAGCCCCAGAGCUCGGCCCCCAUCUGCCACGCCCCCACCACGCCGGGGCGGACUAGGAGGCCCCUCGUUCUUGCCUGUCCUGAACGCAGCCCAGUAGUGCCUGCCACCACCACGAGACAGGGCUCUGUUCCCCCAGCCACCGGCACGUGAGCCGCCGUGUGACCACCCGGGCCCGGUCAGGCUGCUGCGUCCUCGCCCUAGGAACCACGUCCUGACCGUAUUUAUUUGAGGUGACUCCUGUAUGUGGCCAAGGGAAGUUUCACUGUGUGAUUGUCUGUCUUAAUAUAAUUUGUUAAAUAAACGUUUGUUUUAACCUUU